AUGGCGGCCGAGUUCAAGAUAUGGCCAUCGCUGGCCUCCAGGCACGGACUUCUCCAUCGAUACGUAUUUGGGGCCAUGGCCAAGUGUCCCCAUCACCCUCUCUUGCUUCCCAUAUUGAUGAACCCACUUUAUCAUCAAGCCCCGAGAACAGCCGGCCAAGGUCUCCUCUGUGCCGCACUGGGAAUUGGCACCGACAUUGGCGGCUCUGUCAGAGUCCCAGCAGCAUUUUGUGGGGUGUAUGGUCUUCGCACCACAGCUCUACGCAAUCCAUACAAAGGUGUCUGUAUACCGGGACGUGGACAGGAAAGCAUCCACUGCGUCAUUUCGCCGCUAGCCAACAGUGUCGCGGAUCUCGAUCUGUUCCAGGGCGCAGUACUUGACCGGGAACCUUGGGAGGAAGAAACAUCACUGGUGCCACUGCCAUGGAAGAGAAUAGGCCCGUUCCAACCCGCGCAGAUUACGUUAGGUGUUAUCUGGGACGACGAAUGUGUCCCCCCCCAUCCGCCGGUCACCCGCGCUUUGAAAUAUGCCGUAUCCAAACUUCGGCAAUCCGGUACCAAAGUGGUUGAUUUUGCCCCAUACAACCACCAGGAGGGAUGGGAUAUUGUCUCAGCACUCUACUUCCCUGAUGGCGCCCGCACUCAGAAGGACAUCUUGGCGAGCGGUGGGGAACCGGUUGCCUUCUUGACAGAGUGGGCUUUUAGUGUAUCAAACAUCAAUCCUAUCUCUGUAACAGAAAAUUGGGAACUAAACAUUCGGCGCGAUGCCUACCGGGAGACCUACCAUCACAUCAUGAAAGACCGUGGUGUCGAUUUCAUCCUUUGCCCUGCUUACGUUGGCGCCGCCGCAACCUUGGGUGGUGGACAAUAUGUUCAUUACACGUCCGUCUGGAACGUUCUCGACAUGCCUUCCAUAACUUUUCCGACAGGUUUGAAAGUCGACCCGGUGAUAGAUACGGUAUGUGAAUACCAAUUUCGUUCCGCGGUGGACGAGCGGGAGUCCAAGAAGUACACCCCCGAGACCUACGUAGCCGCUCCCAUUGCGUUACAACUUGUAGGAAAGCACUUCCGCGACGAAGAGACCGUGGCUGCAGCCGACCUUGUGUCAAGGAUCAUACAAGAAUGA